UUGUGAAUUGUUUUAUUGCUGUAGGCGAAGCGAAACAGGUCACCUGAGAAAUCUCUGGGUUCUUCUCCUUUGAAUCGUUCUUUUUAUAAUGCUGUUUCCUCCGUCGGUAACACCGUACCGUUCACCUUCGCUUCCGCCAUUGUUCUUCGUCUCCUCGCGUUUGGUCUCGUCUCUCUAAUUCUCCGACCACCCUUCGCCAAUUCGUUGGAUGCGGGAAGGGAGGUAACAGGUGAAGAUGGGUAUAGGAGAAGAUCAAAUGCAAGGACCGAGUGGUAGGGAAGAGAAGAUUUUUGUUUCUGUUCGUCUGAGGCCAUUAAAUGUGAAAGAAACGGCAAGGAAUGAUGUGGCAGACUGGGAAUGUAUCAAUGAUGAAACAGUUAUAUACAGGAGCCAUCUUUCUGUAUCCGAGAGGUCUAUGUACCCCACUGCGUAUACAUUUGACAGAGUGUUUGGCCCUGAGUGUUGUACCAGGGAGGUGUAUGAUCAAGGGGCGAAGGAAGUGGCUCUCUCUGUUGUUAAUGGAGUUCAUGCUAGUGUCUUUGCAUAUGGGCAAACAAGCAGUGGAAAGACAUACACUAUGAGUGGAAUUACGGAUUACGCCUUGGCCGAUAUAUAUGAUCACAUUGAGAAGCACAAGGAAAGAGCAUUUAUUCUGAAGUUCUCAGCCAUGGAAAUCUAUAAUGAGUCUGUAAGAGACCUCUUGAGUACAGAUAUUAGUCCACUCAGACUUCUAGAUGAUCCUGAGAAAGGGACAGUUGUUGAGAAACUCACGGAGGAAACUCUGCGGGACUGGAAUCAUUUUAAAGAGCUUUUAUCAGUCUGUAUUGCUCAACGACAAAUUGGAGAGACAGCUUUAAAUGAAGUUAGUUCCCGCUCUCAUCAGAUUUUGAGAUUGACAGUUGAAAGUACAGCACGUGAAUAUUUAGCGAAUGAUAAAUUUAGUACACUCACAGCAACAGUGAAUUUCAUUGAUCUUGCUGGAAGUGAACGUGCAUCGCAAUCAUUAUCAGCUGGCACAAGGUUGAAAGAAGGUGGUCAUAUAAACCGAAGUUUACUAACACUAGGAACUGUCAUUCGAAAACUAAGUAAAGGAAAAAAUGGGCACAUACCAUUCCGAGAUUCAAAACUGACACGCAUACUUCAGACUUCCUUGGGAGGAAACGCCAGAACUUCCAUAAUCUGCACACUGAGUCCUGCAAGAAUACACGUUGAGCAAUCAAGAAACACGUUGUUAUUCGCAAGCUGUGCGAAGGAGGUGACAACAAAUGCACAAGUAAACGUCGUCAUGUCUGAUAAAGCUCUGGUUAAACAUUUACAGAGAGAGUUGGCUAAAUUGGAGAAUGAGUUGAGCAGCCCUCGUCAAGCUCUUGUUGUGUCUGACACAACAGCAUUACUGAAAGAGAAAGACCUCCAAAUCGAAAAGCUAAAUAAAGAGCUAUUUCAACUAACACGAGAAUUAGAGCGGGCUUAUUCUCGGAUUGAGGAUCUUCAACAUAUUAUUGGAGAAGCACCACAUAAAGAGAUAUUAUCAACAGACUUAGAACAGACUAAUGUGGUUCUGGGAUGUCAGUACCCCAAGCUGCGGGUGCGUAGUUCAUGGGAGUCUCUAAAUAUAACACCAGAAAGCCCUCUAUCAGUGCAGGCGUCCAUUAUGAUUUCCCCACAAUCAACCGAGCAUGGUUCCGACGAGAAUGUUUUCCAGCUUUCAGAAUUUAGGUUGAAUUCGGGUGCAAGUAGUCCAGCCCACCACCUUCCAUUUGUAACUCCUGGGAACUUCACUAAAGUUCAACUUAAUAUUCGUGGGGCAGAAAGUAAAAACCAAUUGCACAUUCACAAGGGGGAAUCUGUAGAUCAGUCUCGUGUUCAAGAAGAACGAUUUAAUGAAAUGGACGAACCAAGUGAGGUAGAUUCUGAAGAUACGUGCACGGAACUGCGAUGCAUAGAAACAGAGAGUCCCAGUAUCGUCAUGUAUCCAGAGCCAAACAUGCUUCCAGACCGGUGUAAGGCUGUGCGUGCACUACCAAUAUGUGUACCAGAGUCAAAGAAGUUAGGACUAGCAACGGAAACUGAAGAAGAAGAAGAAGAUGAAAGAGUAAAGGAAAUCAGUAGUGCUUCUAUCCAACUAAAGGAAAUCAGUAGUGCUUCUAUCCAACUAAAGGAAAAAAGUGAACCCAUCAAAGUCUCUCCACGCUGUGUUUUGUCACGUACUGACGAAUCAUUUCCUCACCAGUCUUCUAACCUCAAAAGAGACCCUACACAUCAAGAAUUUGUCACUCCGUCUCCUGAAAAGCCUCAUGCAUGGCACCUUGAGAGAGAUUCACAAACGGCAGGAGGCUUGGGGCUUACUAGAAGCCGAAGCUGUGGAGCAAGCUUUGUAACAAGCUCUUCCUUUUCUUUGUACGAGAAAGAUGCUUACACACCACCAGGAUGGUAUCAGAAUGAAAGAGCUGAAAGAAACCUGAAACCGAAUAACAGCAAGAGGCCGCCAUUGCCAAAGCAUAGUAGCCGGAUGAGCAUGCCAGCAACUUGGUUUGAGAAAGAGUUCAACUGCACCCAAAGAAUGUCAGCUACAUUAGAUGGUGUUAAUAACAGAAAUUCAUCACCGAAUGGAUCACAGGUUUCUCCCUCAAAAUCUCAUAUGUAUGCACGCCAGACAAGUGGUAGCCAAGACGAAGGUGAAGAGGCUGUUCCUCAGAGGGACAAGCGAAUAAUUCAUCUUUCGAUGGAGGAGAUAGAGCAAAAAUUCUUGGCUUUAAGAUCAACAAAGAGUUUCAAGGACGCUGCGGUUGACCCCAUACAAGACUAUUUAACCAUGCCAUUGAACUGGCCGUUGGAGUUCAAGAGACUCGAGAUGGAGAUAAUAGAGCUAUGGCAUGCUUGCAACGUUUCCUUGUCACACAGAAGUUACUUCUUCCUUCUCUUCAGAGGAGAUCAGAAAGAUUGCUUGUACAUGGAGGUCGAACUCCGCAGGCUCAAGUACAUCAGAGAAACCUUUACCAACAAUAGCAAAGCUAUUGAAAAUGGACGCACUCUUACAUCAAUGUCCAGCCUGAGGGCGUUGAACAGGGAGAGGUACAAGCUGAGUCAGCUGAUGCAGAAGAAACUGACGAAAGAAGAGAGAGAGAACUUGUUCUUGAGAUGGGGCAUUGGGCUGAACACAAAGCACAGGCGGCUCCAACUGGCACAUCGUCUCUGGUCAGAGAGCAAUGAUAUGGAACAUGUCCGAGAGAGCGCCUCUGUUGUGGGAAAGCUCAUGGGGUUCGUGGACAUGGAUUUGGCGUCCAAGGAAAUGUUUGGCCUCAACUUCUCACUUAAACCCCGUCCUAAGAAAUCUAGCCUUUGGAAACGCAGUGUUUUGUCGCUCUCUAUUAUGUAAUUAAAGAUAAAAGAAACCCAAGUGAUUCAUUCCUGAGCACUAAAUUGAAAGUGGUGUGGCUUCUGUGAGACGUACAUUCACAAACACAAAUGUAAAUUUGAUUUGGGUCUUAGACUGAGGUUGAGCAAUAUCGAAUGUAAAAUCGCAAAAAUCAUAUUAAAAAGUUUGUUUGUGCGCUAACUUUUU